UGUCACCAGGCUCCUUCCCACCACCAAAUGUCCCUCCCGGAGUGCUGAGGAGCUCCCUGCUCAGAGCCACUUUGGGCACUUCUCUUUCUAAAGGUGACAAUGGACAAGGGAGAGGAAGAUGCUGCCCUGAAGGAACAGGCCCGCAGCUUCAUUGAAMACGUGAUAAGCAGCGCACAAGAGCAUCUUCUGGAUUUGCAAGAGACAGAGACAGCUGAAUAUGACAUCAAAAAUAUCCAGUGGACCACAUGCAAGGACUUCACCGUGCAGAGAGGACAGGAGCAGAUUGAAGAAUACAUCUCUACAUGGGAGUUUCAUGAAAGUUGGCUCCACUGGACACAAUUUCUGGAGGAAGAGGAUACGAAGUACAGCAAGCGGUACCAUUACAGAGUCUGCUGGAGCACCCCGACACGCAGAAAACCCAUCCCACGAGCCACGGCAAGCGUCCACUUCGUUAUAGAGGUCUCCAAAAUCAAGCCAGCUACCUUGCCUGUGGAGGUGCUCUUCGUUCUGGAAACGAGCAGGCUCAUCCACAGGCCAGGAGAGUGUCGAUUUAGAGAAAAGUGGCUUAAAGACAUCAUUGAAAAUAAAAUCAUCCUCAUAGAGAGCCUUAUUCUAUAA